AUGAACAACAGCACCAACCCCAACUCGGACGGCGACGAUGGAAACAACGGGGAUGUUCUCAACUGGGUUGCCCUCGUGGUGUCGCUAGUCGCUCUUCUCGGCACAGUCGCCCAAGUCCUCCAACAAUACUAUGCUUCCGCGGCCGGCUACUCCAACUGCGGCGAGUCCGUCAUGGGAGAAUGGCACAAGACCAAGCACCGCAAGUUCCGCCUAUACGAGCUGCGAUUCGAGGUGCAAUUCGAGACGCCCGUGAUCUUCGUGUGCCCCCCGACUAACAAGAAGGGCCCGGUCCUAAAAGAGCCUAUACAAUACAUCGACGGGACAAAGGAGAGUCUCGACAGGACGAGGGCCCUGUUGCCGCAGCAGGAACACGAAAGGCUUUCAAUGCAAGAUAAUGCGGUACACACGGCGGAUAAUGAGAGGGCGACAUGGGUCCUGCUGCUGUCCGAGCUUCAGUCGAUGGAGAAGGAGAGCGGUGACUGGCAAGCGAUGCAUUACAACUCGGCCCCUCCGCGAGGUUCGCGCCCCGACCUGGCAGGCUUCAUGAACCAUACGCUUGCCGUUGCUGUCCAAGCCAAGAAGCGCAGCUGGGACAACAUGCCCCAGGACGUCAAGAAACCCUACGCCACUACGGCCAUGUGCCACCUGCUCGAGAUCGCCGCCAUGAUGGGAAUUUACUGGCAGGAGUUUGACCGGUCCAAAGACAGGUACCGCGGCGAGGGCAACGGUUACAUGCUCACGGGCUCGCACGUGUCGGACCUGGGCAUCAUGUUUACCUUCCAGAUCUCCGGCAAGCACAAGUUCAACGAGAACAGAGUCAUCCCCGUCGACGAGGUUAAGGAGCUGUGCUGUGGAGUCGUGUCGACCCUAUUCCAGGAGGCAGAGAGUAAAGACAACCGCAGGGUCUUCCCAAACGAAGACCCCAAGGACCUCAGCACGCUUCAGCUUGGCAGCAUGGACGAAAUUGCCGAGACCAUGGUGCUCAUAGAUUGCAACACCAACACGGCCAACUACUUCCGUUCAGACCGCGACGAGUUCAAGCACGAACAUCUGUUCCCGGUCCCCUUCGAGCUCAUCGGAAUGCUUGGCAAGACGCUGCACAUCAGGAACACGGCUUUCCGCAUGCUUCCCAACCCUACGCCCCUCGUCUGGGACAAAAACGCGUUUAAUCUCCGCCGCCUCGUCAAAGAAUACCGAACACGGGUCAAGGACAGUGACGUUAUUGACCAGACAACGCAGAUCCGGGAUCUGUUAGAGCAAUCUACCAACGUACUGAACGAACUCGAGAGGGACAAAAUCUCCAAAGUCCCCGGAUAUUCCAUGCGCCUUCUCGACACGUUGCACAACGCCGUCGACAGAUGCGAUGUCUACUUGAAGGAUUGUCAGCGAGAACUUGUUCAGAUGGUCAUACGCGAGCACUUCCAAGAGAUUCUCAAAAUGAUAAACAACCCCGAACAGGAGGACGACGAAGACGAUGACGAAGACGAGCGACAGGGCGGAGAUCAGCAAGAUCGAACCGAAAAGUCAAAGCGAGAAAAGACUCGGCAUUUUGACGAGCUUAGAGCCACCAGUCCGGAGGAGAGACAGGAAAAGUUCAUGGAGAUAUACUUUUACGUGGUGCUGCAUCAAGUUAAGAACCGAGCGGUCCAGUCGUUCAACCGGCGCAAGUCAACCCACUACGCGCCAUCAACCCACCAUCGCGACCCUUCGGUCGAGAGCACUCACUCGACCGAGUACCUGAAAACCUCGUCAGCGCCAGCCACUCCGUCUUCGAUGACGGCCAGACCCGUUUCCCCGCAGAUGCCCCCGCUAAUGCUGCACGAGACCAGCAGCCAGUCAGUACCGCUGUUACACAUCCAGAAGCCCGAAGACAACACCACGCCCCGGUUUUUGGGGAGGAUGCUCUUGACCGACAACCUAGACACAUUGGCAACCGAAAUCUGGUGCACGCUCAUCUUUCGCAUGCUUUGUUGGCUACUGUUGCAUGAUUUCCAUAGGAAGGACGUGCAACUGCCCAAGAGUGAGCUCCUAGGCAGCCGACUACCCGUUUAUAUCGCUUGA